AUGUCCCAGUUUAACUAUUUGAACGAAAUAAACAGCUUAGCUACAAUGGAUGGCCCUAUAACCCGAGGUCCAUUGCAACGGUGGGCUAAAAAAGGCUGUAAUGAAAAUAUAAAUCCGUCUCUCAGUAACUCUUUCAAGAAUCAUUCAAAUAUUAACAUAAGUUCGUGUAAUCAAUCGCUGCAGAAACUGUCCAUAUCUGCUAAUCAAAGUUGUAACAAUAGUGCAUUGUCCAAUAAUAAAACACCAACGAGAAAUGAAAAUAAGAAAGGAAAAAAGACUCCUUCGAAAACGAAGUCUCCAGGUCAUUCGACAACACCAACCCCAAACAAAGCAUCAAAGACACCUAAUAAAGCUGAUAGAUUCAUCCCAUCAAGGAGUAAUUCAAAUUAUGACCUAUGCCACUAUAUGUUGAGCCGUGAUGAUGACAAAAGUGAGGAAACCCCACAAACAGCUGCCGGAGAAGCAAUAGGUAGAGCUCUGAAUGAUACUGAACCAGGUCGCCUCCUCCAGUAUACUUGUAAAGCACCAGCAGCACCCGAAGGCUACCAGAACAGACUUAGAGUAGUAUAUUCACAGACAAAAGUUCCGUCAUCAGUAAAAUGCAACACUAGAUACAUACCUCAAGCUCCUGACAGGAUACUUGAUGCUCCUGAAAUUUUAGAUGACUAUUAUUUGAACCUUGUUGAUUGGAGUGCAUCAAACAUUCUUGCAGUAGCAUUAGGAAACUCUGUAUAUCUAUGGAAUGCUGGCACGGGACAAAUAGAACAACUUCUAACUCUCGAAGGAGCAGAGACAGUCUGUUCUGUGGGAUGGGUGCAAGGUGGUGGAUCGCAUCUGGCUGUUGGGACUUCAAUGGCAACUGUAGAAUUGUGGGACUGUGAAAAGAUCAAACGUUUGAGGGUAAUGGAUGGUCACAGCGGUCGUGUCGGUUCUCUGGCUUGGAACAUGUACAUAGUGUCAAGUGGUGCCAGAGAUGGACACAUUGUUCACCACGACGUCAGGCAAAGAGAUCAUGCUGUCGCCAACAUACAUGGACAUACACAAGAGAUCUGCGGACUGAAAUGGUCACCUGACGGUAGAUAUCUUGCAUCGGGCGGCAACGAUAAUCUGCUGAACAUUUGGCCAAUUGCACAAGGACAACAUUAUUCACAGCCACAACAUAUACUUUCAUUCAAUCAACAUCUAGCCGCAGUGAAAGGUCUCGCGUGGUGUCCGUGGAGCGCCGGCAUCCUCGCGUCCGGCGGCGGUACGGCCGACAGAACUAUACGGUUAUGGAACAUCAGUACUGGAUCCAAUCUUAAUACUGUUGACACUAAAUCUCAGGUUUGCUCUAUAGUAUGGAGCACUCACUACAAGGAGCUUAUCUCGGGUCAUGGGUAUGCUCAUAACCAACUGAUCAUAUGGAAGUAUCCAACAAUGUCAAGAGUUGCAGAAUUGUCAGGACAUAUGGCCAGAGUACUGCACCUUGCAUUAUCGCCUGAUGGUACUACAGUACUAUCUGCUGGCGCUGACGAAACCCUAAGAUUAUGGAAGUGCUUUAUGUUAGAUCCAUCAAAGAAAAAAGAACCUACUGACGCGAAGGCAGCUAAGUCGCUGCUGAAUCUCAAUUCUCUCAUCAGAUAGUCUCUAAUGCUAUUAUUGUAGCGUUACAUAUAAUAUUUGACUGAAAUCAAUUGUGAUGUAUCUUUUAAUUCUUAAUAUAAAAAAAAUUAUAAUUACAUUCUUG